UUAGAUGUUUUAUCUUAGGAGCGCGUGGUGCAACCUCACCGUCACACAUGCAGUAUUUAUUAGCGCCUUUUUAGAGCAGAACUUAAAUGAUCUAGCGUGGUUUGUUUUCUAUUGACGCUAACUAACGUCCGGGUUUCCUUUAUUUUUUUUGCAUUUAUCGUGCUGAUUUUAAAAAAAAAUCCUCAAUAUUAGAAUUUUUAUAUAUUACAUCUUAUUUCACUUAAAUAACUUGAUUGCUGGAAGACUUCAAAAGCAGCUCAAAUUGGCUUCAUUAUCUCCUUUAUCAUCUGCUUCCUCAAUUUGAUCGCCUGAAGUGUGCGUCCAUCCUGACCCAAGGGUUCAUCUUUUGCCUUUUCUGUUGGAGUGUGAAGACUUGCAAUCAUCCUAAACAAAGAGCUGUCCAAGCCCCCCUUUUAACUCCACCCCUGCGCUAUGAGCAGAGGUAGAGGAGGGUCCUACAAAGAACAUUACAACAGACAUCAGCAUCCCCACCUUCAGGCUAAGGAGAAUUACUACAGAAGCGGUCAGGCCUCCCUCUUUUAUAGAGCCGGCCAGGAGCUUAUCCCAAAUCUAAAUUACUACCACCAUCCAGGAGGGCCUAUACAGCCACCGCCUCCUCUGCUCCCAUCUGCUCCCCCUAUACCAGGCCAGGUUAGAGUAGUCGCUACUCCUGACCACAUAGAUUACCAGGUUCAGGGUGGCUGUCCGGUUCCGAAUUCCUUCCAUAGUAGACAAGUAGAAUUCCUAAGAGGACGGAGCUCUGAGGCACCGCAGUUCAGACCUCACUUACAAGGAGGCGGGGCAGCAUCGAGCAGGCCUCCUAGUUCUCCAUACCAUUCACAGUUGGGCUAUAGUAGAUAUCCAAACCCUGGCAGCAGUCCGAGAGGACGAGGAAGCCAAAACCAGAGUUUUCAUUACUCUUUGGGUCCAGGAGCAUCUCGAGGAGCCAAGGGCCCUCGAUUCCAAAAUAAAAACCAGUUCCAAGGAAAAACCAACAAUAAUCAAUUUUCCAACAGGCAAUGUUGGCGAGAGGAAGACUCUCUGUGUGAUAGUUUUCAGAGUUUCUCUCUUGAACAAGAUCCAGCCAACCAAGGUAGAGAGAAGUUAGACAGAUAUUCAUUAUCCAACCCCUUAGCUGAUUCCAGAUUUGGAAAAGUUAACAUCUGCCUUACACCGCACAUACAGGAGCAGGUGCACGGGGUUCUGGCUGCUUUGAAGCCAGGUGAGAGUAUCUCUGCGAAAGUGUUAGCCAAAAAACUCCAUUUGCCCAAAAAGGUAGUAAACAAGGCGCUCUACUCUUUGGAGGGCUCACAAAGAGCUUCUAAGCAAGGACUUCAACCUCCUCUGUGGAGUUUGUACAAAGCUGAAGGUCCGGUCUCUGAUAGUAGAAAUUCAGUUUCUUAUCUGUGUGCCGGUACCGAACAACCCGAAACAACUGAAACCGUGGUUGACCCAGGAAAGGAAACCAAAGGACAAGUUAAAGAGGAGAAAUCUGACACAGAAUCUAGUUCCUCUUACAGCCCGUCUCCAGAGUCUUCUGACUCGGAAGAAGCCCAGUCACCAGCAGAAAGUCAGAACCACAGAAACGAUCCUGCAAGCACAACCAGCUCCACUAAUCAGGACGCUAGUUCUCCCAUCAUGGCACACAAAGAGCAGAUUUUACAAUGCCUUCUUGAUUUAGGAGAGGCAACUGCUCUCGUUUUAGCCAAAAAACUGUGUCUAACAAGUGCUAAGCAGGUAAACCCCACACUUUAUGCUUUGGAAAGGCAAGGUGAAGUUGUUAGAAAUCGUGAUACCAAUCCUCCAAAAUGGGAGCUCUCUGCCCACCGCAAAGAGAGGAUGGAAAGGAGCCUGAAAGUCUCAAAAGGUGCUCCUGUUUUUGGGGAUCUGAUAAAGAUGGAAAUCAGUACAGAAGAGAAUAACGAAGGGUCUGUCUUCCCAUCGUCAGCGUUACCAGCUAUGCCAGGCCUUGAGCCUUUGCCUCUGCCUGAUGAUUUGCUGGAGCAAAGUCAAAGUGGUUUGGAGCCCACUCUAACAUGUGAAGACAAAACUCCCAGCGACCUACCGUGGGCCUCUGAUGACAUUCCAGAGUUUCUCAAUGCUAUCCGGCGAGAGACUGAUGCCAAGAAAAUUGCAGAACAGCAAGGUGGCGCCGUUGGAACUGUUGCUGUGUCUGUGGCUGCACCACCUCCUCAAAACCUGCAGGCUAAAUUACAGGAAGUGAGGUUGAAGAACCCCGUCAGUGGUCUGAUGGAGUAUGCCCAGUAUCUGGGCCAAAACUGUGAGUUUCUGCUCCUCGACCAAUCAGGACCCUCUCAUGACCCAAGAUUUCGUAUGCAGGUGAUGCUGAAUGGAAAGCUGUUUCCUGUCGCAGAAGCUUCCAGUAAGAAGGUUGCUAAAAAGGAUGCUGCUGCAGCUGCUCUGCGCGUGCUUAGCGGAGAGAUGCAGGGAGGGACGGUAACGCCGGAGGAGGGAAAUGCUACCAGUGGGGACCAAAUAGUGGACAUGCCUCUAGAUGCCACUGGUUCAGAUGAAAAUAUGGGUGGGACGUUUGGAUCUAACAGUGUGGAAGGAUCAGCAGAAGGAGCUCGCCAGCCUCUGUCCCGUUCCCUGCCCGGCGGGAAGAAUCCCGUGUCUGUCCUGAUGGAGUAUAGCCAGCGCAGCGGAAACCCCAUCGAAUUCAUUAACACAGGGCAGGCAGGCCCACCACAUGACCCAAGGUUCAUGUUCAAGGUGAAGGUUGGAGAGAUGCUGUUUGCUGAAGCCUCAGCACCAAGCAAGAAGGCGGCCCGUCAGCUGGCAGCAGAGGAGGCUGUUAAAGAAUUAAUGGCCGAUGGAAAACUGCAGGUAAACAAGCCUCAGUUGCCCCUCACUCUGCCCCUUGAAGGAGAUGGAGGUGCUUCCAGUGCCACCUGUCCUUCUUUGCCUCCUUUAACUGCGAGUGAAUUGAGAGCUGCCCACGAGGCAGGGGUUGGGGACCUCAUCAAUCACCUGAACAACAACGCUGUGUCAGGUCUGCUGGAGUAUGCCAGAGCCCGGGGCUUUGCUGCUGAGAUUCGGCUGGUGAGCCAGUCUGGACCCCCACAUGAUCCUAAGUUUAUCUACCAAGCCAAGCUGGGCGGACGGUGGUUUCCUUCAGUUUGUGCCUCCAACAAGAAACAAGGAAAGCAGGAAGCGGCAGAUGCUGCGCUGCGGGUUUUGAUUGGAGAAGCUGAGAGGGCGGCGCGCACUGGAGAGCUAAUUCCAACUGAGCUACCGGUUAGCGGCAGCACUUUGCACGACCAGAUAGCCAUGUUGAGCCACCAGCGUUUCAACGCCCUGACCACCCGCAUCCAGCACAGCCUCCUGGGACGCAAGAUUCUGGCUACCAUCGUCAUGAGAAGAGGGGAGGGACUGGGAACUGUCGUCAGCCUUGGAACUGGAAAUCGUUGUGUCAAAGGGGAGGAGCUGAGCCUUAAAGGAGAGACUGUAAACGACUGUCAUGCUGAAAUCAUCUCCAGGAGGGGAUUUAUCCGGUUUCUGUAUAGCGAGCUGCUCAAGCACUGUGAUGGAGCAGACGACAGCAUUUUUGAGCCAGCAGAGGAGAACAAACUCAAGAUCAAAUCUGACAUCACGUUUCACCUUUACAUCAGCACUGCACCUUGUGGGGAUGGAGCCCUGUUCGAUAAGUCAUGCAGUGAGGCAGGAGAUGAAACCCAGGGGCACAAGCCUCUCUUUGAGAACGCAAAGCAGGGCAAGCUUCGCACUAAAGUGGAGAAUGGUGAGGGGACCAUCCCGGUAGAGUCGAGCGCCAUUGUCCCCACCUGGGACGGCAUCCAGCACGGUGAAAGGCUGCGAACCAUGAGCUGUAGUGAUAAGAUUCUGCGCUGGAAUGUGCUGGGCCUGCAGGGGGCACUGCUCUCUCAUUUCUUACAUCCCAUCUAUUUAAAGUCCAUCACGCUGGGCUAUCUGUACAGCCACGGUCACCUGACGCGUGCGGUCUGCUGCCGGCUCGCCAGAGACGGUGAGGCCUUCUCCCAGAGUCUCCCUCCUCCCUUCACUCUGAACCACCCUGAGGUGGGCAGAGUGAGUGUGUACGACUCCACCAGGCACACAGGCAAGACCAAGGAGUCCAGUGUGAACUGGAGCUUUCCAGACCAGCACAAUGUAGAGGUUCUGGAUGGGACCAAAGGAAAGCUAGAUGGGAACAAACAGGCCAUGUCCCGCGUGUCCAAAUCCACCCUCUUCUGCAUGUUUCGCUCUCUGUGCCAGAGGUUUGGCCGCACAGACCUCCUCUCUCUAUCCUCCUACGCUCAGGCCAAGACGUCGGCCAUGCCCUUCCAACUUGCCAAGCAGCGGUUCUUUGAAGCUCUUUGCGUCCACGGCUACGGAGCCUGGAUCGGGAAGCCGCUGGAAGAGAAGAGCUUUGAGGCUUUUGAGGCAACUGGAUACAAUGGGGGGGGUGUCCAUGUGGGAUAUGGCAACAAUAAUAACGGAGGGGUAGUCGAGUGCAAGCAGGAGGAGGUGUAGGCCCAUGUACUUAAAAAAAUUAUUCAUCUGUGAGGGAAAUGGAGAGCAGGGUAUGAUUUAGGAGAGGGGGUGGGUUUUGCAGACAUGAAGUAAAAGUACAAUCAAACAGCACACAGCCAGUGGCCAGAACUGUAUCUUCUGAUGAAACAUGUUUGAAGGGUGCAGGGAGAGUGAUAGAAAGGGACAAGACGAGUCAAGGGCAAAGCCUGAAGUAUGAAUGAGGUUACAGUUGACAUUACAGAGAGAUCCACAGGCUGUGCAGAGCUCUGUAAACACUACAUGCAAAAGAAACUUUCUGCAUCCAUGUUCCUUCUCUGUCAGCUUUCAAUGGCUCAACCGAAACUAUGUCAUUUUCUUUUCCAAUUUUAUUUUUAAAUUUCUGUCGAGUGUGGGGUCUAUUCUGUUUUAAUUUUUUGCUGUUGGAGCUUUUGCUUUAAAAUCUUGUUUUCUUCUAUUGGUUUAGAGGAAAUUGUCAAACGGUCUGGACCAAGAUGACUUCUACUGAUUAUAUUAAUUCUGUUUGCACCUAAAGCAGCAAAAUGGUUUUGGCCUAAUGUGACCCUGCAUUUUAGCAGUGAAUGAAAUCACACCGUGGUUUAAAAAAACAAAACAUUGUUUUAUUUUAUAUAACCAUUAUUUAUGACAUUGAUAUCCAAAAUCUUUUUUUUUAUAUAUAAAACAAAAAGCAACAAUUAAAGGUUAAAAAUAAAGAACAAAUAAUAUUUUAUAAAUUUUUUACUUUAUUUUAUGGGGGAGCCGUAUGAAAAUGUAGAUACUUGCUCUGGUUAACAUUAUUCAAUAAUGUGGCAGAGCAGCACCCUUAGCAGGUUGAAGGGGUAAUGAAGGAUCUGGACUCAAAUGCUUUUCUCCUGUGUGCGGUUAUUAAAAUUGUUCUGAAGUCAGAGUAAAAAAAUCACUCCAAUCUAGGAAAAAGUUAUUGCCCUAAAAUUUGUUUUACUGAUACUUAAAAACAAGACUUGAAUUAGCCUGAUUUGCAUCUAGCUUUACAAAAGCAUAGUCAAGAAAUGUAUUGUUUAUAUAAAAUGAAUGGACAUGUUUUUUUCAAAGAGCUUCCUCCAACAGUUUCUACCCUCUGAAUAAAUUUAAGAUCCCUCACUGAUGAAACACACCAUCUUAUCCACCUUUAUGUGAUGGCACAGAAGAGAGCGAUUUAGUGACUCUUCUUAUCUGGCUACAGGUAAGGGCUGAUAAUUCUCAGAAUCAACCCCCAUUAAUAUGAAUCUGAAAUUAAAGAAUAAAAAAACUGAUCAGAAGGGAUUUAAAAGAAAGACUGCUAACUCAUUCUGCUGCCCACUUGAAACUAAUAAAGUCGUAAAACCAAUUAGUUAAACCUUUUACGUUUGAGGUUGACAACCCAACUGUUUUUCUAAAUCUUCAAUGUUCAGGGUUGAAAAUUGAGCAAAAACUGAAAGUUUGUACUUGUGAAAUGGAUCUGCUUGUGUUAUUGAUGCUAACACAUGAGAAGUGUUGGCGUAAAAAGUUAUACAUCUUGUUUUUUGUCUGGUUUAUAAGACAGAGGGCUUGUUGUAAAGACCAAAGAGGCCUCAGCAAAGUAGCAGCGGGAUUGUUUUUGUAUUUUUACGUUGCCGUUCACUUUAGGUGAAUUCAGACUGAAACCGAAUCAUACAUGUUUUUGUUAUACACACUGAAAAUGUCCUUAUUUUGAGGUCAAAUUACUGUUUAUUAUUACUUAUAUUGGAAGUGAGGAAUGCACUGACCUAAUUUGAUUUUCAGCAGUACGGUCUAGCUUUAACCCUUAAUUUAUAGGUUUUAGUUGAAGCAUCUGGUUUUCUAAUUCACACCAGUUUUACCUUUCAAGUUUGGUUUGAUUCCUGGACAUCCCUUUAACAUGGUGUCUCAUAUUUUCCACAAACUCAGCGUAGAUUGCAGCAUAUUCCCUUUGUUGGUUUAAUCUGUCCUGAUAUACAAGCUUUUAUAGAGAAAUGCUGGUAUUGGUGUCUGAAACCAGUACACUAUUGCUGUUCUUAUGGCUUGUGUGGUUUUGUGUGUUUCUUUUAAAUCUGUUAUUAUUGUUCUUGUAAAGUUUGAAGCCUAAAAUGUUGCUUUUAGCUACCACAUGGGAUGCAGUCAGAGCUUCAUGUGUUGCCCUCUCAGGAGGUCUGUCGGGGAAUAUAGCUGCAAGGGGUGCUGUUUUCAUCAUUAAGAAGGAUGAUGUGAUAUAUACAUCAGUUCUGCACAAAUACACGAAUACACAGACAUACGGUAGGUUUUAGAAGCCUGAGUCUAGUGUCAGGAACUCGUUUUGUUUAUUAGCUGGUCGUUUUUUUUAACAAAUGCAAAUAGAUUCUUAAAUGAUUUGCUCCUUAUAAUAAUAAUAAAGCUCAUAUGCAGAUAUGCCUCAGAAGCUGUUGUUUGUUUUGGGGGUUUUAUUCCAAGCAAGGAGAAGCUAUGCAAGCACUCACUGUUACUUUAGGCCAUUUUGUGUCUGCUGCCUCGGCAGAAUUAAUAUUUGAUUUUACUUUGGAUUUUCUCUGAUUUUCUUUCUUGCCCCCAGUUGCUGCUGUAGAACAGAGGGCACUUUGUUCAACAUAUUAGCAGUGUAUACAUUUCAGCUGUAUCAGAGGGACUAAAUCAACCAUAAAGUAGCAAUAUUAUUUAUUCAAAAUACAAAAAUAGAGAUGGAAAUUAGAUUAUUGUUUGAUGUUGAUGUGGACUCAGACCUCUGAAACCUGCUGUAUGGAUAAACAGUUGCUAGGAGUUUUAUGCUUAUAUACAGCGUGUGUAUCUGUGUGUGAAUGUAUUUGUGUUUCAAAUGUAUAUAGUUUAUAAAACAAUAAA